AAAACUUUCCACCACUUUCUCGUCUCAGUUUUCCCGAGAAGAACAGAAAAUAAAUUCUGUCCUCUUUCAUUUUCUUCGACAACAUGUAUACGCGCCUCCUCUCUCCCAGCGACAAGAAGGGAGCGAAGCUCACUGCCGAGGAGCUGGAUUCUAUCUCCAGUUCCUUCGACGAGUCCCUCCACUCUCGCCUCUGGGGCCUCAGCCCUGCCUCUGCCAGCUUGCCCUGGCUCUCCUCCGCUGUCGACGUGCUUACCGUCGCUCACUCAGCGGUGAAAUCCUUGAUCUAUGAGCUGAAAUCGGACGGUGGUGACUGCCUCUUGUCUUGGUAUUUAGACAACAGCGUGAAGGUCCUGGACGUCUGCAACUGCAUCUCCUCCGACAUUGAGUGGCUGUGUCUCCGCCACCUGAACCGGAGGAUCACGAUUGAGCUCCUCCGCUCGGAGGGCAACCCAUCAGAGGAGGAGAUUCACCAAGCGAGGGAUUUGCUCGCUGACUCGGAGGGCGAGGGCGGCAGUGGGUAUGUGAAGCCUGCGGCCGACAUCGAGGAGCUGAUCAGAGACUUGGCCACGGGCAUUGGGAAGCCGGCUCUCCUUGGGGAAGACACGCCGGUCGAUGGAGUUGUUCAACGAGCGGUCCAAGCUGUUGGCUUCGUGACGGCUUUCGUCGCCGGAGUCAUAGCUUCGGCCUUGCGCUCUUCCUCAGGGGCGGUCUUCUGCGUCUGCGUCCCAGAGGGGUUCCCCUGGGGCGACUCUAUCCGCGCAAUUGAGUCCACAGUCAUCAUGGAGUCGAGUCGUGGCGAGGAAAGGGACAGGAAGACACGGGUCUUGAAGGAGCUUGACGAUGUGGGGGCUCACACGAGGCAAGUGCAUGAGGCCAUCAACGAGGUCGUGGCAUCGGGAGGCAGCGGAGAGAACAUAGGGAGGCUAAGGGAGGCGGCAGUUGGGCUGGAACAGGCUAAUGAGGCGAUGUUGGAGGGAUUGUACCGGCUGAGGGAUGGGAUGAACGAGCUGUUCCUGACAGUGGUGAGAAUAAGGAAGAAGAUGGUAGACGACUUCAGAGCGAGCUUGUGGGAUGGACCAUUGCCGAAGAAGCCACCGAAGCCGGGCAAGAACGAGUAAGUGAUGGCGAUUUACAAAUGGACCACAAUGAAGGGAAGGUGAUGCCUGCGA